AUGUCUCAUAUUCAAGAACUAGAUCACCUCAAAAUCCCACUUGAAGCUAUCAAAUCGGCCACCAACAACUUUUCCGACGAUAACUUCAUCGGGAAGGGAGGAUUUGGGAGGGUUUACAAAGCCCAACUUCCCCUCUCCGGCUCUACCGACCAAGGAACAACCGUCGCUGUAAAACGAUUAGAUGAGAAGGGCGGGCAAGGAGAGCAGGAGUACUUGAUGGAGAUCUUCAUGCUCUCUAGUUACAAACAUCAGAAUCUCGUCUCGCUUGUUGGAUUCUCUGAUGAGGGUGACGAGAAGAUCAUCGUUUAUGAGCAUGAGGUUCGUGGAAGCCUCGAAAAGUAUCUAGAUACGGAUCUCACAUGGGUGCAACGCCUUCAGAUAUGUCUCGGUGCUGCUUCUGGACUCAAUUAUCUUCAUAAUGGUGCGGGGAAAGGGCAUAGGGUGUUGCAUCGUGAUAUAAAGAGCUCCAAUGUCUUGUUAGAUGAGAGUUGGGAAGCCAAGAUUUCUGAUUUUGGGUUGUCGCGAAUUGGUCCCACCAAUCAGGAGCACACUUUUCUUGUUACGAACGCUGCUGUCUUAUGCGGAAGGCUAGCAAUGAUCGGAGAAUACAAAGACGAGCGUCGGUUUCUACCGCAUUUGGCCCAACUCCGUUACGAGGAGGGAAAACUAGAUGAAAUCAUUCUUCCUAAUAUACGAAAACAAAUGAAGUGGAAUUCAUUGCGAACGUUCUCCUCAAUUGCUUAUCAAUGUCUGAAACCAGAUCGAAAACAACGCCCAACUAUGCCAUUAAUUGUCGAACAGCUACAGAUCUCGCUGGAAUUUCAGAUCGGUUGUCGAAGAAUCACACGAAUCGGGUUAUGGGGAUCGAGCACAGGUGGAUCUCCAUGGUCGUUGCAACUUGAAAGCAAUCAGAAACUUAGAAAGAUAACGAUAGAUCAUGAGGAUUGGAUUUAUUCGAUUAGUUUUACGACCGAAGAUUUUAAUGGUUCGUCGGAAUCUUCUCAACGUCAUGGUGGUGGCGGCGGCCCUAGCGGUGGCACAAUUUCAGAGAUUAAUUUUGAUAUGGAUGAAGAGAUAACUGAAAUUCAUGGAACAGUUGGAAGAACCACCGGACGCUAUGCAAAUUAUAUGGUAAUUUCGUCGUUAUGUUUUGUGACGAACAAAAAGAGGGAUGGGCCUUUCGGUAAAGAAAUAGGGGUUCCUUUUUCGGUACCUUGGGAUGUAGGUUCGUUUGCAGGAUUUUAUGGUCGUGCAGGGUUUUACUUGGAUGGUUUUGGUUGUUUCUUAAAGGCUACCAUAUGAAAGCUUCUAUUUAAUUCCAACGAAUUAACUUUCAAAUC